UGGAGAAUCACCCCUAGGCCCUAACGGCCACUACCGAACGAGGAACUCCUGAACUCCACAUAGUGGCUUAAAUUUUAAAAUGGUGCAUACCGUUUAAAGUAGUCGUCAAAAAUAUUUUCGACUAUGAGUGCGCACCGUUUCAGAGCCCUAACGAGGAACCCAACCCGGUUCUCUCUGCAACGGCUGGCCUCGUCGGCGGCGAGCCCUGGACGGUCACCGAAAUUCUUCACCGACGAUGUUGAGGUCGGCAGCGCAGUGUACCGGCACGCGCUGAAACUCCAGCGUCCCACCACCAUAAAGUGGACGACGCAGUUGGUGAACUCCGUUAGCUUAAUCGGGUUGGUGGACUAUCCAUUGAGGAUCAUCAAGUCGAAAACCGGUAGAUUGGGUGCUUACACUCUUCUAUCCGUCGAAGCCUCCCGUGAUUCCAAUGCCACAUUUAGGAUACUAAUGGAGAUGUGGGACGAGAUGGCAGAAAUGUGUCUAAAGCAUUUAGAACCGAAUGAUUUUGUCUAUGUUUCAGGUCGUUUAUGGUCUUACAAAAAGGAUCUCAAAACAUGUUACAAGGUCAUCGCAAACGAGUUGAAUUAUAUUGACCAAGGUUUCCAAGGCCCAAAUCGCCACAAAGUUGAGGGGUCACAAGCAGGAGCAGGAGGAGCCGGCUUGGAAGUGGAUAAAAACCGCCUCUACUUGUGGCAGGUGUUUUUCACCAAUCCAUAUGAAUGGUGGGAUAACAGGAAACAUAAGGUAAAUUCUUGGCAGCCAGAUUUCAGGCACAGGCAUACUGGUGAGACUCUCUGGUUGAGUCCGAAUGAUCCUCCGUGGAUUAAAAGACAACUGCAGUUACUUGAUACACAGAUGGCAACACAAAGCCAAGGAGAUUGUGUAGGUUCCCGUUCCCGUUCCCGUGUCUCUAUGUGGGUGUAUGAUGACUAGGGAUGAGUCUGCAGGCUUGAAAGAACUAUUUGCUGUUGCAUACCAGUUAUAUUCAAGGUUUUACGAUGUUACUCAUGGCGUCUAACUUGAUGGAUGGACAAUGAAUAACAUAAAGUAAUACUGAUACUAGACAGGAAUUUAAGCGUGAACCUGGUUUUACUACCCCAAGCACACAUAUUAAUCUCAGAGGUUGAAGCAUAUCAAGCACUGAAGAUUACUCUGUAUCCGGUUCUUUGUACAGCAGGCUACAGACUUACAGGUACCAGAUACAUGACAAAAAUGAAUACAAGGUUUUCUUGGCUUUGUUUUUCCUUGUACAGGCUAGCCACUUCAGGGGACGCUUCAUUAUAGCGUAACUGCAAUGUCUUGAGCACAUAAUGCAUCUAUACAAAGUUGUUGCUUUCUUCAAAGUAAGUUUCAAGAAGCAAACUGUUCUCUGAAACUGUAUGUGUAGAUUUAAUGAGAAUUUCUGAAACUUUCUGUUUA